GUUUCUUUAUUAUUUAUACAUGAUAUAAUGUAAUGUAAAACUAGAGCCUGUCUUACAUACUCCGAUCCAGUAGGUGGCGGUAUGCAACUUUAAAGUUGGUAUUGCAAUCCGCCAGAAAACACAAAGAAGAAGAAGGAGGUGGCAGUGACGUCUCGGGUCGAGCGACAUUUCAAAUUGAGCUUGAACCGGGAACGCGGCGCAGCAUCGAAGAACAGAACGUCACCAUGAGUGAGUUGGAGGACAUCAGCCACCACAUUCAUGACAGAAUAUCAUCCUUACAGCGCCUGCUGGAUCUGUCAGUAGUUGAAUUUCCCCAAAAUAAGAUCAAGAAACUUGGACAAGAGCUCUUUGCACUCGAGAGACUUCUGGAGGAGUUUGAAAAAUGUGUUGAUCAACAGAAAGAGCAACUGAGGCAUCUUAAGAGUUCACAUGACAGCAUGUCAGGGUCCCCGGCUCCGAGCACGUCCACGGGCCGAGGUCGUGCUCGAGGCCGCGGACCAGGGGUUCGAGGUGGGAGAGGAGGAAGAGGUAGAGGACGGGGAUCCGGCCACGGUUUACUGUCGAAACUACAGCUGGAACCGGAGGACCUGCAGCGGAUACAGGCUCUCCAAACAGAGCAGAUCGCUUAUGAGGAUGCCUUGAUUGGGAGCAUGGACCUCAGUGCAUCUCAUCAGAUGAUCCGGGCUGUGUUACAGAAUGACCCAUCCUACAUUUUUGACCUGAGAUCAGAUACAUCAGGUGCUCUACCCGUCCCAGGAUCCACUGCUGGACCCUCAUGGUGUGUGUGUGGGAGGUGCCGCGAAAUGCCGACAGACCUGGAGAGAAAGCGCUGUGGCCACCAACCUGAUGAAUGCCUGUCCAUCAUGCCAUAAAAUGGACAUUUAUUUACUGAUGGGGGGUUACUUGCGCAUAGCCAGGAGAAUGUGUGAACCGGGAAAAUGAUUUAGGCGCACAGUGUGCGAGUAAACACAACUUACUGUUUACCAUAAUGGGCAUUGGACAUUUUUUCAUCAUAACCAAUCAAAUAAAUGUAUUUUAAAACUUGCUCCUUUGGCUCUGAUACAGCCGUCUCACUCCCUGCCUGCAGUCCCUACUGCACUGGGCUUUGUAACAAUGUCCUGCCUACAGCCCCCUCUGAUUAGUUAUACGGCACAAGUGAUAGCCAAUCAACACUGACACCUGUCCAUGCUUUUACAUCAUGUCACAUUGAGACACAGAGCACAGACGGAGCGGGAGAGGCUCCGGUAAACCAGUGGUAAUUUUAAAGGUCAAGUAACAGAAACCAGACAGAAACAAAAGUUGCAAUAAAAAUCCUCUAUGCUGAAGUUUUAAAGUCACCAACACAACAUUAUAUGAUCCAUUUCAAUGAUGACGUGCUUGCCCAGAAGCGAAAUUUCGACGUAACUGCCUGUUUAAUUCACAUCAAACGCGAUACAAUUUUGCAAACAGCCUAAAUGAUUUAGCUUCUAAAAAUAAAUAGCACCAAGGCAAAAAAAGAGAUGUAGGAGCUAUAAAUCAAAAAGUCUGGUAACCACUGAAAGUUUCAUCUUUAUUUAUAAACUCAUUAUGCUAUAAAAGUUUAAUCUGAAAAGUAACUACUAAAGCUAUAAUCUUUUUGUUCGUUUUGAUAAUAAACACGUUCGUUUGCAACACAUACAUUUCUAUUACUUCAUUUUGUGACCGCAACACCAAGCCCCCCACUCCGGAAAAGAUUUCAGAUUUCAGGCACACAAAUCUUCUGUGCUCCACAUUUCAGGCACAAAAUUUUUUCUUGCUUUAACCCCUGUAACUAAUGGCACUUGCCUUUUUUACCGUUACUAUCUGUCUGAGUGCUGCUUAGUGUUGAAAAUUUUAAAAUGACACCCUGCUUGACCACUAGACAACUCCAAAGGUAAAGUAUUACAUAUAAUAUCUACUGCCCAUCUAACGGAAGAAAAAGAAAUGCAACAAAAGAUUAUAGUAAGAUUUUAUAUUUAUUCUUUAAAUAGUAAUUUGUAACAAGCCAUGUAAGGUGGAAACAACUUAAAUGCUGAAAAGAAUCCUUAAAACAAAAGUUCAAACUCUAAAGUAUGCUACUAACAGCCUACGCUUGGGUUCCACCAUGAAAGGACACAGGGCUGCGACUGUCCUUCAGAGGGCUCAAAACCAGCUACUCAUCGAGAGAGAGACAGAGUCACUUCAACAUCGAUGCACUUAAAUCCAAGACAGAACAGAUGUUGGAAGAACUGACACCACUUCUACCCAGGGAAGUCCUGGAAGAUGUCUCCAAGUUUGUUGAGAAGGCAAAGACUUUGCAACACUCCAAAGGCAAGGAAUGACAGACAAGAAAGUUCCUGACACUACAGUCUCGUCAUAACUUCUCCAAUAGAACAGACGUACUGACCUGGAGAAACAAGGAUCACAACACAGCACAUCCGGACAUGAGAAGUGGGUGAAAAACUUAUCGGACAGAGAGCUCACCCAACCGGAAAAGCAUGUACUGGCCAGGAGACUGAACUUUGCCGUAACACCAGAACAGAUACCGGUGGUAGAUCUUAUCACAGCAACAGAGUCAGCCAUCAGAAAUAAGCUGGCAGACACAGAGGCAGAACAACUGAGACUAAAGGUAUCAGCCGCUCUCUCUGGAGCAAAAACACCAACUCCAACCUCACCAUUGAAGAAAGGAAGGCCCUGGCAUCACCGAGGAAAGACUGGAACAUCACCAUCUUGUCUGCAGACAAAGGAAGAUGCACAGUGGUGCUGAAGACAGCAGACUACCAUGCCAAAAUCACUGCUCUGCUCAGCGACACAGCCACAUACGAAACACUGAGGCGUGAUCCCACCAGUGGCUACAAAAAGGUGGUCAUAGAUUAUCUACAAAAACUGGAAAAGGACAAAAUCAUUGACAGACCACUGUAUUAUCGACUGUACCCUGGUGAAGCCAUCCCAUGCAUCUGUGGACUCUCCAAGAUACACAAGGAAGGAGCACCACUAAGACCCAUCAUCAGCAUCAACUUGGUCAUGUACAACAUCUCCAAACACCUAGCUAUGAUCCUAGCUCCCCUGGUUGGCAACACUCCAUACCAUGUAAGGAGCUCUCAGGAUUUUACCAACAAGACCAGAGAGAUAACUCUAGACUCUGACGAAACUAUGGUAUCAUAUGAGUCACUGUACUUUUCACUUGCAUUCCCACCAAAGAAGCACUUAAGACAGUGAGGAAACGUCUGCUACAAGACAGCUCCCGUCCAGACAGGACCAACUUCACCCCAGACCACAUUUGUGACCUGCUAGAUCUUUGUUUGACCACCACCUGCUUCAAGUACAGUGAGGGUUUCUACUAACAAAAGCACGGCUAUGCUAUGGGCUCACCGGUGUCCCCUAUAGUGGCCAAUCUUUACAUGGAAGAUGUGGAGAAGAGAGCUCUGACCACCUUUACAGGAACUGCUCCUAGCCACUGGUUCAGGUAUGUGGACGGCACCUGGGUCAAAAUCAAAACUGAGGAAGUGGAAACCUUCACGGAACACAUUAAUGCAGUGGACCCUAACAUUAAAUUCACAUGGGAGGAUGUCAGAGGAGACUGUCUACCCUUCUUAGACUGUGCAGUACACAUUGAAGAGGACAGAAACCUUAACAUUGAGGUAUAUAGAAAACCUACACACACGGACCAAUACCUGCUGUUUGAGCUCACCACCCACUGGAGCACAAGCUGGGAGUUAUCAGGACACUGAAUCAUCGGGCAGAAAACGUGCCCAUGAGGACAGAGGGGAAGGUGAAGGAACAGAAACACAUCAGGGAAGCACUUCAAACCUGUGGCUACCCCAACUGGGCCUUUGCGAAAACCUCUAAAAGAUCCUUUCAUACUGUUCAUAUUCUGACCUUCACAGUAUGGAGCAGGUAGUUUUUGACCCUUUUAUUGUAAGACACUAUCAAGAAAUAUGAACCACAUAUGUUGUGCAUCCUGACCAACGCUGCUUUUAAUGUUUUCCAUGAAUUGUAUUGAAAAUGAAGGACGUAACAACCUUCCUGAAUGAUAGGUUUCACCAUAAUCAUUUGAAACACCAUAAAAAUUUCAAACAGACAGUGCAAAAACACAUAUUGCACGUACUAACCUAAUCACCCAUUCUUGUAAGUGGUAAACGUCGCUUUACUUGACCUUACCUUGAGCUUGUUUGUUUGCCUCUUCAACCUUUUUUUUCCCUUCCCCUUCUUCUGAGGGAUAUGCCAGCUUCGACAUCUUCGUAGACGGUACUCUGCAUGUUGUGUUCAGUGAAUAGCAACUGAAUUGUCAACUGUUGCUGCGCACUGUUGCAGUUGCAUCGCGCAGAGUCACUUCAAAAAACAAUAAUCAAUUAAACAACCCCAAAAAAACACUUUUCUAAAUAA